AUCUGAUGAAAAGAAGCGAUUUUGAAGCUAAGAUGGUUUCGGCCACUCUACUGGUGCGCGAAUACGGACUUUUUAUUGUGUAAGUAGUUCAGACUCUGUUGUCCUCACUUUGGCCGCCAUCGCCGGUGAGGAGGAGCGACUCCGACACCGGAGACACCGACACCGGAGACACUCGGCCCCCGAACUCUGAUACCGGCCCCGAGACAGUGACCGGGGCCGAGGCUUUAACAGAAACAUUCCGCCCCGAGAGCAGGAAACGCGCAGUUCGGCUCCGGCCCCGCGGAGACCCCGAGCGGCAACAUGGCGGCGUCUGUGGGUAAUGUGAGCGACAGCACAGGGUUAGCAGAGCUGGCACACCGUGAAUACCAGGCGGGAGACUUUGAGGCAGCUGAGAGGCACUGCAUGCAGCUUUGGAGACAGGAACCUGACAACACUGGUGUGCUGUUGCUUCUCUCCUCCAUCCAUUUCCAGUGUCGCCGACUGGACAGGUCUGCUCAUUUCAGCACUCUGGCUAUCAAGCAGAACCCAAUGCUGGCUGAGGCCUAUUCCAACCUAGGGAAUGUUUACAAAGAACGUGGUCAACUACAGGAAGCUAUUGAACAUUAUCGACAUGCCCUAAGGUUGAAACCGGAUUUCAUUGACGGAUACAUCAACUUGGCUGCAGCACUGGUCGCGGCAGGUGACAUGGAGGGAGCUGUGCAGGCUUAUGUGUCUGCUCUUCAGUAUAACCCUGAUUUGUAUUGUGUUCGCAGUGACCUGGGGAACCUUCUUAAAGCCCUGGGUCGCUUAGAAGAAGCCAAGGCUUGUUACCUGAAAGCGAUUGAAACUCAACCAAACUUUGCUGUGGCCUGGAGCAAUCUUGGCUGUGUGUUUAAUGCUCAGGGAGAGAUCUGGCUGGCUAUUCAUCACUUUGAAAAGGCUGUUACCUUGGAUCCCAAUUUCUUGGAUGCUUACAUUAACUUGGGAAAUGUUCUGAAGGAGGCUCGCAUUUUUGACAGGGCUGUGGCUGCAUACCUGCGGGCUCUGAGCCUGAGUCCCAAUCACGCUGUGGUUCACGGGAACCUUGCCUGUGUCUAUUACGAACAGGGGCUGAUUGAUCUCGCGAUCGAUACAUACAGGCGAGCCAUUGAACUACAGCCUCACUUUCCAGAUGCAUACUGCAAUCUGGCUAAUGCACUGAAGGAGAAAGGAAAUGUUGCUGAGGCAGAGGAAUGCUACAACACUGCAUUGCGUCUUUGCCCCACUCACGCAGACUCCCUGAACAACUUGGCCAAUAUCAAAAGAGAGCAGGGGAACAUUGAAGAGGCUGUCCGACUGUAUCGUAAAGCUUUGGAGGUCUUCCCUGAGUUUGCAGCUGCUCACUCAAACCUGGCCAGUGUGCUGCAGCAACAGGGCAAGCUACAGGAAGCAUUGAUGCACUACAAGGAGGCAAUCAGAAUCAGCCCAACCUUUGCUGAUGCCUACUCGAAUAUGGGUAAUACACUGAAGGAAAUGCAAGAUGUACAGGGUGCCUUGCAAUGUUACACACGAGCUAUCCAGAUUAACCCUGCAUUUGCUGAUGCUCACAGCAACCUGGCCUCCAUUCAUAAGGAUUCAGGAAACAUCCCAGAAGCUAUUGCUUCCUACAGGACUGCCCUAAAGCUGAAACCAGACUUUCCAGAUGCCUAUUGUAACUUGGCACACUGUUUGCAGAUUGUUUGUGACUGGACCGACUAUGAUGAGCGAAUGAAGAAACUGGUCAGUAUUGUGUCCGACCAACUAGAGAAAAACCGACUUCCCUCAGUGCAUCCACACCACAGCAUGUUGUACCCACUGUCUCAUGCCUUCCGCAAAGCCAUUGCUGAGCGCCAUGGCAACCUCUGCCUUGAUAAGAUUAAUGUUCUUCACAAGCCACCAUACGAACACCCAAAAGACCUGAAAAGUAGUAAUGGGCGUCUAAGAGUUGGUUACGUGAGCUCAGAUUUUGGUAACCAUCCGACUUCUCACCUAAUGCAGUCAAUCCCUGGGAUGCACAACUCUGAGAAAUUUGAGGUUUUCUGCUACGCCCUGAGCGCUGACGAUGGCACAAACUUUCGCGUAAAGGUGGUUGCUGAAGCGAAUCAUUUUGUGGACCUGUCCCAGAUCCCAUGCAAUGGCAAGGCAGCAGAUCGCAUUCACCAGGAUGGAAUCCACAUUCUUGUCAACAUGAAUGGAUAUACAAAGGGAGCGCGGAAUGAACUCUUUGCUCUGCGUCCAGCUCCUAUUCAGGCUAUGUGGCUUGGUUAUCCUGGAACAAGUGGGGCUCCAUUCAUGGAUUACAUUAUUACUGACAAGGAAACGUCGCCACUUGAUCUGGCAGAGCAGUAUUCUGAAAAACUGGCGUACAUGCCAAACACCUUCUUCAUUGGAGACCAUGCCAACAUGUUCCCACAUCUAAAGAAAAAAGCAGUGAUUGACUUCAAGUCAAAUGGACAUAUUUAUGACAACAGGAUUGUUCUGAAUGGCAUCGACCUGAAGGCGUUCCUGGACAGUUUGCCUGAUGUCAAAGUGGUGAAGCUGAAGUGCCCAGAUGGUGGAGACAACUCGGAUACAAACUCUACCCUGUCAAUGCCCGUGGUUCCCAUGAACACUGCAGCUGAAGCCAUUAUCAACAUGAUUAACCAGGGACAGAUUCAGGUCACAAUUAAUGGCUUCACAGUUAGUAAUGGGCUGGCAACCACACAGAUUAAUAACAAAGCAGCGACUGGAGAGGAAGUUCCACGAACAAUCAUUGUAACAACACGGUCACAGUAUGGACUUCCGGAAGAUGCUAUUGUCUACUGCAACUUUAACCAGCUGUAUAAGAUUGAUCCACCCACUCUGCAGAUGUGGACCAGUAUACUGAAGCGGGUUCCAAACAGUGUGUUGUGGCUCCUUCGAUUCCCUGCAGUUGGAGAACCCAACAUUCAACAAUACGCUCAGAGCAUGGGCCUGCCUCCCAAUCGCAUAAUCUUCUCACCUGUUGCCCCAAAAGAGGAGCAUGUGAGGCGGGGACAGCUGGCAGAUGUAUGUCUGGACACUCCUCUCUGUAACGGACACACCACUGGAAUGGAUGUCCUUUGGGCAGGAACACCAAUGGUUACUAUGCCAGUGACCUUUCCACAGCGUGAGGAGAACCACAACUGUUCGAGAGAGACACUGGCGUCCCGUGUUGCUGCUUCACAGCUCACAUGUUUAGGCUGUUCUGAACUGAUAGCAAAGAACAGACAAGACUAUGAGGACAUUGCUGUAAUGUUGGGAACAGACAUGGAAUACCUCAAGAAGAUCCGAGGGAAAGUGUGGAAGCAGAGAGUGAGCAGCCCACUAUUCAAUACUAAACAGUACACUAUGGAUCUGGAACGCCUCUACCUGCAGAUGUGGGAGCAUUACUCUGCAGGCAACAAACCAGAGCAUCUCAUCAAGCCACUGAAAUCUAUGGAGACAUCUGAAACUGCCUAAGACCCCAGUGUGGCCUUUGAACCGAGAAUACUGAGUUACAGGCUGUCCUAUACCUGCCACGCAUCAGUUAUUUGGGUUUUUUUUUAAAAAGAAAAGCCAUAAACUCCGGAAAUAAAUAAUUUCGUACCAGACCAGUCUUCAAAGAAUAGGAACCUUAUCGUGAAAAUCUGGUUGAUGUUGAAGUUAAAUGAGGCUGAAAUUGGUGCCCAGAACACAUUGGUGUAGAAAUGAAUUGAUUAAAUUGCGAUGGUUUGUGCAGGAUCAAUAUGAAACAUUUGUAAUAUCGUUAUUGAUCUAGAAUUCAUACUAGUCAAUCAUUAAAUCUCCAUCUUAUUGCUACACAAAUGUUAAGGGCUUUCUGCUGAAUUUCUGAAGACCUAGCAAGUUGAUUAAGACCUCUCUUUAAGGCUUUGUUUUGUCUCCCUGUCAAAUUAUUUUUAUAAACUAUAGGGGUUCUUUCCUAGGAGUCUUCUGAGUAACUGCACUUCAUCUGAAAAUGAAUUCUACCAAACAUUUAGAAUUUUGUUGAUUACUCCAUGAGCAAAGCAGAAAUCCAGAGUUGUCCCAUUUGAAUGAUACAAUGGGACAUGAAUACUUGUGCCUGUCAUUUUCACAUGCACCUGUAGUUGCACAAACAACAAUGCAACAUGUCUAAUUGAGCUCUAGAAUUAGCUUCUGGGGAUUGAUCACUGCAGAACUAGUCUGGAGGUUGGUUUUCUUCCUUCUUGGCCGACUGACUACUCAGGAUUGUUUAUUGUGGAGGGGUAGUCAGAAAUCCUAUUGCCCCCAGUUAAGUAUCUACUCAGUUGGAAAUACUGUGUACAGUUAGCAACUUUGUGCAGUUUAUAACCAUCAAGUGGUCACUUUUCCACUACACUUGCCAGUAGAAGUUUUUGUUUUGUGCUCUCCCCAGCCCCCCCCCAUAAUUCAAACCAUCUAUUUGCUUGAGUGCAGAGUUCUAAAUUUCUAUUCUCAGGUUUCAAGAAUCACUUAAACUUGGCCUAAUGUCUGGUCUGCUGUGUCAGUGGAGCCAGUGUAGUUGUAAAUAGAUUGUUGCUUCCCUGCCCUGAACAAACUCCUCUGGACCGGUAUUCUGCUGAUGUUUGUUUUCCACAUCUGUUUCUUUAAUUAAUGCUAUUUCAUUGCUAAUAAAAUUCCAUGUGUACCCGGGAAAGGAAUAGUUUCUGGAUCAUGGUAUCGAUUGGAUUAAUAAUUAUUUUUUUUAUUUAAAGAAAUUGCAGUUUGUGUAAAAAAAAAGCAAUGAGGGGACGAUGUGAACUCGAGGUGACUCAGAUGAGUUGGUGGUAGUGAAGACUGAAGCUGUUCUGAAAAAUGUCAUUUAGUCGGUAUGAUUGGUGACCCAUCAGUAGCCCUUUCUGCUUUAGAUUUAUUUUGGUUCAAAAUUUGUUUCAUUCCUGUUUAGCUUGUGAUGGCAAUUCUAACGACAAGUUCAGCAGUGCAAAUGCUUUUGCAUUGUGUGGAUUCAGACCAUUUUAAAUAUGAAGCUGCAAAAUAGAUGUGAAUGAGAAUUUGUAACUUUCUGUCUCCUCAAAACCACUAUUAAAAGCAGAAAAACUC